AUGGCCGCAGCCACCUCGCGACCUGCCACCCUUCCUUUGGCUGCCCUCCUUAUAUACCCUGCAACGCUAUUGCUUGGCUCACUGUAUUCGACCAUCUCACCAACAGCGAAUCCUUCUCGAGACACGCAACCUGCAAGCCCUCUGGCCCCUUCCCUCGCCGCAGAUCUACACCUCUCCGAAAGCCCCGUCAACUACUUUGCCCGGAAAAAUAAUGUCUUCAACGUGUACUUUGUGAAGAUCGGAUGGCUAUGGACAACAGCCGCUUUCGUAUCGCUCCUACUCUUCCAACCCCUCUACUCUUCAUCCCGACCACAGUCCUCGUCACAUCAAGAAACACGUCUCCGCCGCACUCUCCAGGCUGUUCUACGCUACGCACUGGCGACCACGGCAUGGUACCUCUCAACACAAUGGUUCUUUGGGCCAGCGAUUAUUGAUCGCGGAUUCGUGGCCACGGGUGGAAAGUGCGAGCGUGCCUUUGAGAAGGUCUCGGAACUGGGCGCUGGCACCACCGACCUAGAAGCGCUGUUUACGGCUGCUACAUGCAAGGCAGCUGGUGGAGCCUGGAGGGGUGGACAUGAUAUCAGCGGACAUGUGCUCAUGUUGGUACUCGCCACGGGAUUUCUGGCGUUUGAAGCUGUUGGUGCUAGCGCUCCUGCGUUUCUUUCACGCUUUGGCCCCUCCGGCGACGCGGGGCGUGAGCGCAAGACGAGUGAUGCCGAUAGCCCCCCUACAGUUGGAACCACUGAAUCCGGCGGAGUUGCAAGGUUAUGGUCACUCCGUCUUGUUUGGGGUGUUGUUGGCUUGGGAUGGUGGAUGCUCUUCAUGACCGCGAUUUGGUUCCAUACGUGGUUAGAAAAGUGGUCCGGUCUUUUGAUUGCUUUGAGCGCUGUAUACGCCAUCUACAUUCUGCCUAGACGGUUGGCAUCAUGGAGGAGUGUGGUUGGAGAGCCAGGGAUAUAG